AUGGCUAUAACAAUACAAAACAAAGCCUCACAAAUAGAAGAGGAUCCCAAGGAUAAGUCUAUAUUAACAAAAGAAGAAGUUCCUAAUUACCUAGAAAUGAAGAUAAUAUCAGAAUCUGAGAAAAAGGAAGAAAAAACAUCAACCUAUAUACCACUAGGAAGCU